CUGGAUGAGUCACGAGAGGCUGGGAGCUCCAGGCAGCAACAUUUAUAGUCAUGAUCCGCAGUACGGCUGCCAGCUGAACGUGACCGGAUCCGCCAUGAAUAACGGGAUGGCGGAGCGUAUGGGGUACAUCACCCGGGUACAGAGUUUCAGCGCAUGCCACCGCCUGCACAGCAUUCAUCUGACCGAUGAAGAUAAUAUAAAGGUCUACGGGAAAUGUAACAAUCCUCACGGCCAUGGACACAACUACAAAGUGGAGGUUACUGUGCGUGGAAAGAUUGAUCAUACCACUGGUAUGAUAAUGAACCUGACCGACUUGAAGAGGUGUAUAGAGGAAGUCAUCAUGAUUCCACUUGAUCAUAAGAACCUGGAUAAGGAUGUCCCGUAUUUUGCCAAUAUUGCCAGCACGACUGAGAACCUGGCUGUUUACAUAUGGAACAACAUGAUGAAGGCCAUUGCCCCUAACGUCCUCUAUGAAAUAAAAAUUCAUGAGACCGAUAAGAAUAUUGUCAUAUACAGAGGAGAGUAGACGGCAACACCUACUCUCUUCACAAGUGCUGUUUAUAACCCUUGUGUGGUUUGCCUACUGUGAACUCAAAAUAAGUGUUGUUAGACACCGGUGUCUUAUUAGGCUGGUACUAUUUUUAGGUUGGUAAAGUCUUGUUACUUUCAUACCAAAUACAGUGCGAUUUUAUUUAUAGGUAGCCCCUUGAGACGAACAGCCAUGUGGUUUUUGAGGGGGUCACAAUAAUUUAAAGAGAUGCUCAAUGUCGUUUUUUUCCUGUAAAAUACAUUUUAAAUCAGUGAUUGUGAACCUUUUUAUGUGUGACAAAAAUCUGUAUCAAUUUUUAUUAAAAAUGAAUUCAGAAAUUAA